GUGGGCCAGUAGGGAAAGCUAUACAGAGAUGACAUGAUGCUUGUUGGUCGGGCUCUUGGACAUUGACUAUGUGUUGUGUAGACUGCGAUUGAGACUGUCUGCUCACAGGAGCCUUAUCCUUGUUUCCAAGAAUCUUUGAGGAUGGGAUUAAAUUCACCAUAACGCUGAAUAUUUUACCGCGCUUUAAAACGGUCACGAAUCGUAUAAUUUAGGAGUACGUUGCAGUACUUUAUGUAGUGGACGAUUCAACUAUAUAACGUGCAACAGUGAUCGGCAAUACUUUAUAUUUGUCAAUGAUACAUAUUUGCAGCUACAAUAUCGCUGCAAACCUUCAAAGGUCCUGCUGCGUGCUCAGUUGGUCUUAAAGGAGCCGUUACAAGAGCACGCUAGGGUAAGAUGACGAUGUCCGUACCGGAGAGGAUAUCGGGGUCCGGGGGCAAAGAGGAGGAGAGCGAGGAUGAGAGUGAAAUCCUGGAGGAAAGCCCCUGCGGCCGCUGGCAGAAGAGACGGGAACAGCAGGGUUGGCUGGAAAGACGAGGAGCUCAGUCUUCACUGGGUUAAGUUGCAGGUGGUGUUCCUUCAUCCAGGCCGAGAUGUCUGCCAAACAGGACGAGAUUCGAGCUAUCACUGUGGUGUUGUUGGGCUGGAAAGACAAAUAGAGCUGUGUGUUAUCCGCGUAGCAGUGCAAUACAACCCCAAACAAUGCCGGAUUUUCAAGACGUUACCCCUGAAAGAUGGUGCAGUUCCCACUUUGUUGGGACAAUCUGGCGCUUCAGGAUCACAACCUGUAAGUCAAGGAAAUGUCCCAGGCAUUGAGAGUGCGUACUUGGCCAUGGACACUGAGGAGGGGGUGGAGGUGGUGUGGAACGAAGUGCAGUUUUCAGACAAGAAGGUUUUCAAGUCCUUUGAGGACAGGAUAAAGGAGAUGUUUGAGAACCUCAUGCAGGUGGAGCAUCCAAACAUCGUGAAGUUUCACAAGUACUGGCUGGACAUGGGAGAGAGCAGAGCGAGGGUGAUUUUUAUCACAGAGUAUAUGUCAUCUGGCAGCCUCAAGCAGUUUUUGAAGAAGACCAAGAAAAACCACAAAACUAUGAAUGUGAAGGCGUGGAAACGUUGGUGCACACAGAUUCUAGGUGCGCUCAGUUACUUACAUUCAUGUGAUCCACCUAUUAUCCAUGGUAACCUGACCUGUGACACCAUCUUUAUCCAGCACAACGGUCUCAUAAAGAUUGGCUCAGUCUGGCACAGGCUGUUUGUAAAUGUUUUUGCUGAGGCUAUUCAUGGAAAUGUGCACCAGCAUCGAGAUGAAGUGCGAAACCAGCACUUUUUUGCUCCAGAGUAUGGCCUUGCUGAAGACGACUACGCCAUUGAUAUAUUUUCAUUUGGGAUUUGUGCCUUGGAGAUGGCAGUGUUGGAAAUCCAGGCCAAUGGAGACACUGCAGUUUCGAAAGAGGCCAUAGAUCAUGCUGGACAGUUACUUGAGGACCCUCUCAUGAGGGAAUUUAUCCAAUCGUGUGUGCUCACAGAAGCUAAGACGAGACCCACAGCUCACGACCUGUUGUUCCAUAGAGUAUUAUUUGAAGUCCACUCCUUAAAACUGCUUUCUGCGCACUGUUUUAUCAAUAAUCAGUAUCUCCUUCCUGAGAACUGUGUGGAAGAAAAGACUAAAUCUUAUGACCCAAAUGGCAUCAUGGCAGAGAUUAACCAUCGAGACCGACCUGGAGUUCAUCUGAAGUAUUCCCAUGUCUCGCCUCUGGAGUUGGACAAAUUCCUUGAGGAUGUCAAGAAUGGCAUAUACCCUCUGAUGAACUUCGCUUCCCAGCGGCCCCAUCCAAUCCCCCGUGCUCUGUCUUUGUCACAGGAACAGAUGGAGACUGUGAAGACCCCAACCCCAGAACCACAGGAGACUGAAACCAGAAAGGUCGUCCAGAUCCACUGUAAUUUGGAAGCGAAUGAGGAAGGCACAAGGAGUCAUCUCUCUCUCUUCUUAAAGAUGGAUGACCGGCUUCACCGCCAACUUAGCUGUGAUGUUCUACGAUCUGACAGUCCCAAAGAUUUGGCUAGCGAGUUGGUUCACCAUGCUUUCAUCAGUGAGGAAGACUGUGAGAAGCUGGCAUGUUUUCUUGAGGAUGCAUUAUGUAAGCACUGGUCAGGGACAUCUAACUCCCCUACUGCCAUGGCUGUGAUGUACUAAAACAGCUGGUCUGAACCGUCCCAUUAUAGACAAACAGAGCAAGCAGUUUGGAUCAAGACUAAGGGGGAAUGAGACCAAAUAUGCAAUGGUAGAAAGCUCUCAUCAAACCACAUUGUACCUGCUCAAACUCCAAUGAGCUCAAACUGUUGAUAUGGAAGGUCAAAUAAUUGCUGUCAUCUCAAAAUGAUGAAGAAAUCAAUUCAUUGCCUGCCUUUUAGGUUUAGUUUAGUUUUCAUAACAGAGUUUAAUGGAUUUUUAUAUAUACACAUCCUUCCAAGUUAUCCUGCCUAUGGCAUAAUCUGUCCUCCAUCCAUUCUCCAAAAGAUAGUUGGCAGGGUCAAAAUCCCACAGAAACAGGCUUUGGGAACCAAAGAUAGGAAGCUACAUGUCCAAGAAAUAAUUGUUUCCUAUUCUUCAACACAAGUGGAGUCUUUUUUUUUUUUUUUUCAGUUGUCUGUGUGUUCCAGACUUAAAUUAUUUAUUAUUUUAAAAUAUGAAUGGAUGGUUUUGGUAUAGAAACAUGUUUAAAACUCCAAGCAAGGAAAUUUUAACAAUGUUUAAUUCUCAUUUCUUCAUUACGUUACUCUAUAUGCUUUUAAAGAGCUGACAGUGAGCAAAUGAAUGUACGGUAUGGUAUUAUGACAAAAGUGUUCUUGGCACCUCUUAUACUAUUUUGACACUCUUUGUUUUUGACCUUAAACUUGAUUUCUUGCUCUUAAUCAGGAGUAACUCUUACAAAGACUAGAGAAACGAAUGUGUUUAGAAGUGCUCCCGUGACUUUGUUGCUUUUAUAAUAUCCCAAAUGCUUUUUAGAUGGCAAUUGACUUUGCAAAUGUUUAUAAACGGUGGCAAUAAUGGUAACACAGAAUUGUGUGUUGUUGCAUGUCAUAUCUGGUGUUUGCUCAGUUUUAAGCAGUAAAAAUCAGAAGAGCACUUCAUCCACAAGUUUUUCACCCAGAAUGAGAUGAAACCAAUACGUACCUCUCCAAAUUUAAUAAGACAUUUGCAUUUAUUCAUUUAGCAGACACUUUUAAACAAAGAGACCUACAAAUGCAGAAAAUACAAGCACAAGCAAUUAAUCUUAAGAGCAUUUUGAGUGGCUACCAACACAACCUCACACAACAGGGGCGCUAUUCAUCCAACAUCUAAAUGUGUAACAGUGUUCAUACAGUAUGGGAUUUUCCUUUUACCUUAUGUGAAUAUGUGCUGAUAAUAGAUCAAUGGACUGCUCAGAGAUGGGCCCAGUUUACUAUUUAUCUGUUCCUUAGUUUUUGAUAUUAUUUCAGUAUAAUUUUGAUAUGGCAAACCUCAUGCCUUGUACACUAAUUACUAUACAAUUCUAGAGUAAACUGACCAGUAAUCAGACCAGUAAUUAAAAUCAGUGAUUAGAAGAAAUAUUGUUAACUUUAAAAAUCCUCCUUUUAAGGGCUGUUGUUCUGUCAUAUUAUCACAGUAUGUGUAUAUUUUGUGACAUAUUAAUGAUUUACACAGUACUGCAUAUAUAUAUGAGAAAUAAAUAAUGUCAAGGCCAAAGAUGUGCUGGUGCAAUGCUGGCAAUUGAGAGUUUGCUUUCUAAGUAAAAGAGUGGGUAUUACAUUGCAAUUUCACUUGCAUAUUUAAAACAGUAUUCAUUAUGUGAAGGCGUUUGUGAUGACAUGCCGUCCAAAGCAAUAAGGGAUGUGUUUUAGUACUGUUCUUUCCAAUGGCUUUGACUUUUCCAAUAUCUCUUAAAAUAAAAACAUGCAUGUCAGAAAAAGAAUGCUUUUAAAGUAUUUCUCCAUUAUGUUUAUUGGCAUGAUUGUAUGGUGGAUGUAUUGUAGCUUCUGAAAACUAUUUAAAUUUGUAAUCUCCAAAAUGUUUCAAAAGUCAUGGAAAAAAUACAGUCAUUAUACACUUACUGUUAUCAUGAGACACAGAUGUCUUUGCAAUGUAAUUAACUUGUAUGUUGAUUCAAGAUGGUGAUAUGAAUGUACAGUCAAUAACUCUUAAAAAUGUACUCUCUCUAAUUCCUAGUGCCAUUUAUCAUCUAAAUCCAAGCAUUAACUGGACUUUUGCUUUGGGCUAAUUUUUUUUAUAUAUAUUUUAUUUUAUUUUUUUGUUGAAAUUGUAUACUGUGACAUGAAAUACUAUCAAAUUAAAACAUCUUAUUAGUACUUUAA